UCGGACUCUUCGAGAUUCAACAAGUCGUCCUUAGAAGCUUUCUCAAGAUGUUUGCAUACUUAUUCUUGGCUGGCCUAUUGUCUUCGACCUGGGCAAGUAUCAAUCUUCACGAAGGACCGCUGCUUCCCCCAGCAACAGCUUUCACCUUUGAGGUGGCAAGUACAAUACUGUUCAAGCCUGAGACUUGCUACAUUACAUCCGGCCUUGUUUCUCAAUGCCGACGCAAGCGUGGCAUGGAAGAGAGACCCUCAAUUAUUCAAUUCGAUGACGAUCUGGAAGUUGCACCAUCGGCCGUUCUCCCGAUAGAAACGACGAGCGUUCCCCAGACAAUUAAUUCACUGGGCAUUUUUAAGGGAAAAAAUGUUGUGAGUUCGUUUGACGAUUCCUAUGUUAACACGCAGAACCUUUUCCGUCAGCUGGCAGCCAACCCCGGCAAUCUCAUCACGGUUGGCAAUUGCGGCCAAUCCACCGUCAAUCUCAGCCAGUUCCUUUCCUGUUUGGGUUUGACUGUCCAGGAAACGACAACAUUGACGGGCACCUUUACGGAAACCACAAUCUCGACUAGUGGUUACACUAUAAUGACUGUCUUGGGUUGCACUCCAGCAGGUUUCCCUUACGUUUAUUGUCCAGCAUCUGUUGCAGCAACAGUUACAGAUUUAAAACCAGCUAUGCCGCCCAGCUUUCCCAAUAUCACCGAUUUGCCUAAAAGGCCAUUCAAACCCAGGGUCCGUGUCUAAGAAAAGAGAUAGCCA